UAUUUUUUUCUUAAUWGAAGUUUURCAAACAAACAAACAAAAUGAAAUUAAAUUUUUUAAUUAGCAUUUAUUUGAUUAUAUUAUUAAUUAUAUUAAUUKAUGUCAAUUUUAAUGUCAAUUGUUAUAAUAAUAAACAAAGUGUAAAUAAAAAUGGUGGUUAUGGCAAAAAUAAUGGACAAGGAGGCGAACACGAAGUUGCUGGACAACAAUACAAUGGAGGACAGGGUGGACAUGGAGUAAUAAAUGCUGGUAUUAAUAUCAAUGGUUUAGUAAAUAGUAAUGGUAUUGCAAAUGGAAACUCGCCGUCAAUUAAUACUGGRAACAUAAUUAAUAAUCAUAUAAAUGGAGGACAUGGAGAUUAUGAAGAACAUGGAGGACAUGUAGGACAUGGAGGCUAUGAAGGUUAUGGAGGACAUGGUGGUUAUGGAAAACAUGGAGUAAUAAAUACUGGUAUUAAUAUCAAUGGUAUAUUAAAUCGUAAUGGUAUAGCUAAUGGACAUUCACCGUCAAUUAAUACUGGAAAUAUAUUAUAUAAUUAAUUUAAUUUACCC